AUGCUGCUGCUUCAAAAUGUAGGACAUAAGCAAAUUGUGUUAGAUUCAACGCGAAAGAUGCAGACCGAUAACAACUGCUACUACCUUAACUUCAGCAUUUAAAAAAAUAAACAGGUUAUGAAAAUAUUACAGUAACAACUGAUUCUGAAUGUGAUUCUUAUUUAAGUCGAUGUGUUACUCGUGGUAAAGGAAGUGUUCCAAAUAUAAAACCAUGCACAUCAUACAGAGGUACUAAAUAAUUAUGAAAUUAUUAAAAAAAUAUAUUGGACUGGAUACUAAUAAGAAUACCACUUAUGAAUAAAGUUCUAAGGAUGCUGGAGAUACUGCAACUAGUAAAUGCAAAGUAAGAAGUAGUGUUGAAACACUUCAGCUAUAACCGAUGCUGAAUGUGCACUCAUCUGAAAUGUUAUAAAAAUAACAGUAUUGGAUGUGUUGGCUCAACAUAGGUCAUUCUCUGCAUUUAAGGGAGAUUAAGCAGCUUGUUCAAAUUUAAGGGAUCUUUAAUACAUCAGAUUGUGUUAAGAAGAAGUGCAGGAAUAUUUCAGGUAAACACAAAAAAGAAUGUAAUGAUGGUAAGCCACAAUUUAUAACAAUUAAUGAUCCUUUGUGUGUCUUUGAUGGAACUUCAUGUAUUUAUUAUGGAAAACUUUGUAAUGUUUCAAUGGAACUUAAUAGACAGGGCAAUAUAUUUGUCUAAAAUUGUCCAAGCAAAUAAAGGAACAUGUGUUAAUAGAGAAUUUACAGAAACACUCAAUACUCUUGCAACUGAUACCAAUUAUCAGAAGCAUCCGAAAAAUUGUUAGACAUCUGGUUAUGGAUACAAAAGUACUAAAUAAUUUAACUAUUUGAAAUAGGAGACUCUAUGCAAUAUAAGAGAUGAAUGAUAUUGGGCAAGCUAAUGUUCAGUAGUUAGUGGAUCAUGUUCUACUUUACAUACUACGAAUUACUCUUGAUGUAAAAUCCAAAGUAAAUGGUAAGUUCUUAGCUUGGUAAUAAUCUAAUUCAAAAUUUAGAGUUUAAGUACAAUCGCAACAGUAAAUUCACAUGCUUAACAUUAACACCUUGCUGGAAAUUGUACUAUUUCUUCUGCUAGAUGCAUAACUAUUUCAAUAUGUUCAUCAUACAAGACUUAAUUGUUUGUGGCUGACUUAACACAUAAAAAUGGAGUAGCAAGAUGUGUUUGGGAUGCAACAAUAAAUAAAUGCAAAGAUAAAGUUUGCAGUGAUACAAAAAUGGCUUAACUGAUGGUGAAUAUUAUACUUUCUUUCAGGAUGUACAACAAAUGGAUUCGGUUAUUUGGCUUUGAGCCUAAAGUAUUGAAUUUGCCAAUAGAUAAUUCUUAGCGCUGA